ACACCAACAGGGGGCAAAAGUGUCAAACGAUCGUGUCGAGACCAUAAUUCUGUGCGUUCGGUAAAUGAGGCGGGUUCAUUAGUUAGUUACUGAAAAUAUUCCGAAAUAGAAAAUUAACAAGAAAGAACAUCGAUCAGCAAAUGUCCUCGCUCUUCUAGCUACACAAAGCAGCUAUUUAAAACAUCACGUUUCUAGCUCAACUCAUUCUCACUAAUUGGAUUUCUGCAUUUGAAUAUUUAAAAAUAUAAAAUGUCAAAAGUGAAAAAUGCUCAACCUGCAUUGCAUAAAGUUAUUAUGGUUGGAAGUGGUGGUGUUGGAAAAUCAGCAUUAACCUUACAGUUUAUGUACGAUGAGUUUGUAGAAGAUUAUGAACCAACUAAAGCAGAUUCUUAUCGUAAAAAAGUAAUGCUAGACGGAGAAGAAGUUCAGAUAGAUAUAUUGGAUACAGCAGGUCAAGAAGAUUAUGCAGCAAUAAGAGAUAAUUACUUUCGUUCAGGAGAAGGCUUUCUUUGUGUUUUUUCUAUCACAGAACAUGAAAGUUUUUCUGCUACAAUGGAUUUCAGGGAGCAGAUUCUUAGAGUGAAAGGUGAUGAUAACAUACCAUUCCUCUUGGUUGGUAAUAAAGCAGAUUUAGAUGAUAGAAGACAAGUCUCUUUAGAAGAAGCUCAAAAUCGUGCUAAACAAUGGAAUGUUCCUUAUGUAGAAACAUCAGCCAAGACUCGUGCCAAUGUUGAUAAAGUAUUCUUUGACUUGAUGCGAGAGAUAAGAAAUCGUAAACAGACAGAAAGCAAGGCAAGUAACGGGCCAAGAAAACCUGGAAAAGGCAAAAUUAAAUGUGUAAUACUAUAGAUCUUCCUGAACUUUUCAAUGCUACGUCUAUGCGUAGAUUUGAGUCUCUGCAGACUCCUAAUUGGCAUUUUUUGAUGGGAAAACAUUUAAUUCCAUUAAUAUAGGACACUUCUGGGUGUAAUAUAUGAAUAUAAAUUUUUUUGAAAGAUAGAAUAUAAUAUUAAUGAAUAAUUUUUUAAAGAAAAUGUUGAUUUAUUUUUCAAAUCAUUUAUUUCAAAAUAUGAACAAAAUAGAAACAGUGAUUUGAUUUGAAAGUUCUUUUUUCUCCAUGUAAAUAUUCUGUACAAAUAUAUAAUUUUGAAUUUAUUCUCCUUGUAAAAAUUCAAAUUGUGAUGUUUUUAUCUUCAAUCUCCUGGAAAUGUAAACUAGAAAUCCUUGUACUUUCCUGUACAAUGUGAUUUAAAUACAGUAUUGUCACGAUAUGAAAACUUUACAAAAAAGACAUCUGAUUUUUACAUAUUUGUAAUUUUAGUAGAAUUUUGUAAAAGCAAUUGCAUUUUUAUUGCAACUUGAAAUGUGAGAAUAUUUGGGCAGUUGACAGCGAAACAUUUGGG